UCGUAUAUUUAUUUUAUCAUGCUUCUUUGGUACGAUUCAAAGUAUUUUGCUCUGGGUUGCGAACCAAACAGCGACAAAUGAGCGGGCUGAGCUCCAGCUCGGCUUAUCUACGUCAUUCAAAUUUCACACAUGAGCUGCUGCUUACGGUUCGAUAGGAGAACUUCAGAUGGACCUCGACAUUACGAAGAUUCACCACUGUAUCAAUGAGCUGGCGAGUCCCAUUGCCUGUCGUCCUAGUGGCCUUGGUGCUACAGCUACAGACUCUCAGCCUGAGUGGCUGACGAUGAAAUCCGCGUAUCAGAGAUGGCUAGCAGAUGCCUCCCCGGACCCCUUAUGGAUAGUGGGUAAACCUGGAGUCGGCAAGUCAACACUUGCCCAUCAAAUUCGGAGUACCUUGUCUAAGACACAGCAUACCAUCGUAACCCAUGCUUUUCAGAGCAACGUGUCAACCCAGAAGCGAGACAGAGCCAGUCUUGCGAUAUCAAUCCUCAGUCAGCUUCUUCCUCCAUGUUAUCCUGUGAGCAGCUUCCAAAAGGAAAUUUUUGCUCAACUGCUUCCCUCGUAUAAUCAGUAUAAAUCGAGAUUUGAAGAUUGUCCCUUCGAACAGCUCUGGCCUCAUUGCGUCACCCUCCUCCAGAGCCAAGAAGAUUUUAUCCUGAUCAUCGAUGCACUCGAUGAAUGCAGAUUUGACCACCGUGGGCAAGCAAAGGAGAUUCUAGAGAGCUUAACACAGGUCCUUGACUGCACAGGCGGAAAAGUUGUUAUCUUCUCUCGCCCCAACGACAUGUUUGGUGUUGGAACCUCAUCAAAGAUCCACAUAAAUGAGAUCAGGAUCACUGAGCAAGACACGCUGCCCGAAAUUACCGCUUUUUGUAACUCAGCUUCUGCUAAGCUAGAUUUACCGGAGGAGAUGAAGCUUCGAGUGGCCUCUCGAGCCAAGCGCCAUGCGGACUCCUUUCUAUGGCCAGCGCAGUUCCUGCAGGAAUUUACCAAGACUCGUAAGAUGAGCACCCUUCAGAAGAUCCUUGAAGAAUACCCUAGCGAUAUCUGGAGCGUCUACACCAGAAUCUGGAAGGAUAGAUUGAGCAAACUAGACGAGGUGGACAAGUCAAUUUGUCGUGAUAUCUUCCUGAUGCUACUUGGAGCUCGGAGAGAAUUCGACGUCACGGAGUUAGAGGAUGCUCUACAUUUGAUUCCAGACUCGGGAACUGCUCAGUUCAUUAUCUCGCAGCACUGUCAACCAUUAGUCGAGGUCCUAGAUGGUGGUGUGCGCCUGAGCCAUGCUUCCGUCCGAGAUUUCCUACUAAACGAAGGAAUCUCGGGUGGAGGAUUAUCAAUGUCGGAGCCAGAUGCGACUCUCGCUCGCAAGUGUCUUGAGUUUCUUCUCAAGGACAUUUACGCAAGUAAAGACCGCAUUGGCCAACGGCUCAGGAAGAACAUUGAAGUUGGUGGCUCCGCAAAUAACCAGGAGAAGAGCUUCUACGAAUACGCCGCUCGCUACUGGUACAUCCACCUCACUGCUCUUCUUCCUCCCACUCAGAGUCUGCUGGAGCUUGCCGGGAGGUUUCUGCGUUCCUUGCAGUUUGCAUAUUGGGCUGAGUACUCGAUAACGGAUAUGGGUGACUUCGAAGCGAUUCGAUCCACAGAAAUAACUCUGACGGUUUGGCUGCAGAGGCUACCCCACAAUGAUAGACCGUUACUGCAUUUGGAUGACUACUUUGAGACUCCGUAUAAGAAUCUCAGCAGAGAGUUUGAGGAGAACCAGGGAGACAAGGUCCUGCAGUGGAUGGCCCUAAUACAACUAGGAUUCUACUAUUUUGAUAAGGGGAGGAUGACGGAGAUGGCGGACGUGCGCAAAAACGUUGCUACUGGACUUACUCAGCUCCUAGGACGACGCAAUCCUCUAACCCUCCGAGCGCUCUCAGAUGCAGCGUAUACGUUCCUCUUCAACAAUGAACUUCACAAGGCUCGGAGGCUUUAUGCAGGUGUUGCCGCCGACCAGCGCGAGGUUGUCGGAGAGAGUGACCCAAGCCCCUAUUUCACGCUCGUCUACCAGUCACAAGCGGAGCAUCUUAUGCUCGACUCCUCCGCAGCUCUGAGUACCCUGACGGAUUCUUUGGCGGGCUUCAUUAGAACAACAGGCCCACAGAGCAACGGGUCUCUUAUCGCACAGUUGUGGUAUGCUGUUGCGAAUGCAUCCGCAGGUCAGAUUGAACAGGCCAUCAAAAUGAUGGAGUUUGUACGUGACAAGCGAAGAGAACAGUAUGGACCAGAAGAUUCUUUUGGCAUUGCUACCCAGAUCUUCAUGGGGGAUCUAUACCGCAAACUUGGGGAUGAGGAGAAAGCACUCGAAAAUAUCGAACCGGCGCUUAGGUUUCGCCGUGGAUUUUGGCCCAUCUCUCACUUCAUGACGCUCGACACGGCUCUCAUCUUGGCCAUAACAUACCGAGACUUUGGGAAUGAUGACGAGGCGGCCGAGAUCAUUCAAGAGCUCGAAGAGCACGCAAGACUAGAUUGUGACCAGAACUUUGUGCGGGCCUGUCAGGUGAAGCAUCUGAGAGCGUUGCUGCUAUUCGAAGAUGGGAAUCUGAACCAACCUAUCCGUCUCCUAGAGACACUACUCAUUGAGACAAACGAGGCGCACAAUAACAGGGCUCUUCAGUGGGUUCGACUUGACCUCGCAUACAUGCUCAGAUAUAGAGGAGGAGAAGGAGAUGAGGGUCUGGCAAGUUCGCUCUUUCACGGCAUUGUCACUGAUCAGACCCAUGAUCCAGAUGACGAGCCUGAUCCACCGAGAUGGCUUGAGGCUGCAGAAGGUGCGCUGAAGCUAUUGCGAUUAGGGAAUACUCAAGGCGCGAAGGACCUUCUUGAGAAGGAAAAGUUGCAUUGGGCUCGUGAAGAAACGUUGUGGAUGUGGUUGGGGGUGCCGGCUGCUGAUACGGGGUGGAUGAGAUUGCCAAAGGGGUUGGGUGAUGACAAUAUGUGACGAUACCACUCAACUCUAACAUGAGGACUUCUACGGUUGCUAGAUUAAUAAUGAAUUUGGAAUAUGUGUGCUAUGCUUUCAAUAAGAGUCUCGAGUUUCAUAAAGUAGAUAUUAUAUUUCUUCUACUUUUUGUUCAAUGGUUGUUCGGUUCCUGAGAUUGGAACAUCAUCGGUUAUUUGAACUUGACUGUGAACAACUCAAGAUAUUCUCAGGUAGUACAGCGCGUAACGACAUCC